CGGUCCAAAUGUGGGAAAUGUGCGCGUUUUAAACGUCGUAAAUGUACGCAGACACUUGUCUGCUGUGAGGUGGAAUCGUUUUUUGUGUCCAAAAUAAUUUCGACUGCGUCGUUUUAUCGUUCUAAAUGCGCGGAGAAAACACAGGGUCAGGACAGACUUGGCUGAUUGAGUCUCCACGGUUCUCAUAGUGCGUAUAAGUUCCGCCCCUUUGCGCGGCAACAUUCAGACCACUCACAUCUCCCAGUGAACGACGACGAAAGUAAACAGAGAACAUGGCAGAAGUCGCUCCAGCCGCGCCUGCUGCCACGAAGGCGGCGGCGAAGAAAAGGACCACCAAGACCGCCAAGCCCGGACUGAGCGUCUCAACGCGCAUUCUCGAAAUCGUGACCUUAUCCAAGGAGCGCAAAGGUGUUUCCCUCGCCUCCAUCAGGAGCUCCCUGGCCGCCUCCGGCUAUGACGUGGUGAAGAACAAGAACCGUGUCAAGAUUGCGGUCAAGACUUUGCUGGCCAAGGAUAUCCUGGUCCAGACCAAGGGCUCUGGCGCCUCCGGGUCCUUCAAGGUGAACACCGAUGCGAAGAAGCCAAAAGCGCCCGCCGCCAAGGCAAAGACCACCGCCAAGGCAAAGCCCACCGCCAAGAAGUCUUCAGUGAAAAAACCCGCAGCCAAGAAAUCUGUUGCUAAGAAAUCUACCAAAAAAGCAACGACCCCCAAAAAGGUAGCUAAACCAGCGGCAAAGAAGACUACUAAAAGCCCGGCCAAGCGCGCUGCCAAGAGCACGAAGGUGGCCAGAAAAGCCCCCGCGGCCAGGAAGGGUCCUGCGGCCAAGAAGGCCCCCGCAAAGAAGGUGAACAAGCCUAAAGUCAAGACUGCGGCUAAGAAGUGAAUCUAACCUGCACCUUGUCUACUAAAACGGCUCUUUUAAGAGCCACCACAUUUCCUGAUAAAGAGCAAUACAUCUUAGUGUGUCCACAUUGAUAGACCUUCAUCUUAUGGGUGCAAUAAUAGUGCAUACUUCCAUCUACUGUUUAGGCAACAGUAAUUUAUAUUUAUAUAGCGCUUUUUCUCAAGUGACUCAACAUAGUGAAACCCAAUAUCUAAGUUACAUUUAAACCAGUGUGGGUGGCACUGGGAGCAGGUGGGUAAAGUGUCUUGCCCAAGGACACAACGGCAGUGACUAGGAUGGCGGAAGCGGGGAUCGAACCGGCAACCCUCAAGUUGCUGGCACGGCUGCUCUACCAACCGAGCUAUACUGCCCCAUCUACCAUCUUUAAUACAGAAUUAGUCACAAAUAUACAUG